CGAAUACUGUGAAUGAAAGGAUCUACCGGAGAGAAACAUAAUCAGUCAGUUGUGUGCAGUUAAUGAAGUGAUACUGAAUAGUGAAACCCAAGAUCUUGCUAGAAUGGUGAAUGAAGCACAGGACAAAAAUAACGAAAAGCGCACUUAUUGCGUGAUCGGAGCCGGAACGGCUGGCCUUUGCGCGGCUCGUCACGCUCUACAAUCCGGUGGUGAUGUUACCGUAUUUGAAAUGGCCAAACAGCUCGGUGGUACAUGGGUAUUCAACGAGCAGGUGGAUAAAAACGAGUACGGCAUCGAUGUGCACUCAAGCAUGUAUAAAGGUUUGCGAACUAACCUACCGAAGGAAAUCAUGGGAUAUCCAGAUUUCCCAAUUCCAGAUCAGGACAGCAGCUAUAUACCGGCGGAAGAUAUGCUUAAAUUCUUUCAAUUAUUUUCUGAUAGUUUCGGAAUUACGGAGAACAUCAAAUUCAACCACUACGUAAUACGAGUAAAACCAACAAAGGACGAGAAACAAUGGGAAGUAAUUGUUCGUGAUUGUCCCAACGAUAAAAUGGAUACUUACUGUUUUGACUACGUACUGAUAUGUAAUGGUCACUACCAUACACCAAAGCUACCUAAUUAUCUGGGUACGAAUAGGUACAAAGGAAAACAAAUGCACAGUCACGAUUAUCGAUGCAAUGAUUCUUUUGUUGGCGAAACCGUUCUGGUCAUCGGUGCUGGUCCUUCUGGGAUGGAUCUUGCACAUGAAAUCUCAAAGAAGUCCGACCGUGUUACAUUAAGUCACCAUCUAAAGGAUAAACCGAAGGCAAGCUUUUCGAAAAAUGUUACAUUGAAACCGGAUGUAGCUCAGUUGACGGAAACUGGAGCCAUUUUCGUGGACGGAACAUCUCAGGAUUUUAGUAUCAUCUGCUACAGCACUGGUUACAGAUACACGUUCCCCUUCCUAAGCUGUGACUGUGGAAUUAUGGUAGAAGAUAAUUACAUCCAGAAGCUUUACAAACACUGCAUCAACAUCCGCUAUCCAUCAAUGGCGUUUAUUGGGCUACCUUAUUAUGUUUGUGCCGCUCAAAUGAUGGAUCUACAAGCUAGAUUCUGUAUAAAAUUUUUCAGUGGUACCAAACAGCUCCCAUCGAAGCAAGACAUGGAGGAAGACACCAAUUCCGAAAUGGAAGAACGCUGGCGACGUGGUUUGAAGAAACGACAAGCUCAUAUGAUGGGACCUCAUGAAGAUCGCUACUACGAUGAUUUGGCCUCAACAGCGGAAGUGGAUCCCAUCAAACCUGUUGUAAAGAAACUACACAAGUUGUGUGCUCUCCGAUUCAGUGAAGAUUUAGUCAAUUUUAGAAAUGACAAAUUUCGAAUCGUGGAUGACGAGACUUACGUAAAGAUAAAUUAAAUGAGGGAGAGUUACGAACUAGGUACUAUUUAUAUUAGUAGCCUAAAUAAAUUUGGUGGCCGGAAUA